UAACAGCUGUCACUCAAAAAAUGCAUUUUUCUAAUAAAUGCAGUAAUUUCAAAACAUAUUUUUUUAUUCAUUAGGGAAGUGAAAGUGCACCGAUUUCAUAAUGUUAAUUUAUGUUCCGAUUUUAUUCUUAAUUAUUGGACUUAUUGUCCAUUGUGCAUCGAAAACAACUAUUCUUUAGAAAUGAGUUUUUGAAUGAAAGUGGGAAAGAUUAUGCACACUUAGGGCAAGCCAGGCAAAGGUCGAAGCGAAAAAAUGGAUACUAGACUCACAGGGGCUGCUGGAAACAGUGAUGGGGAAAGGAUUAGUGACGAAGAUCCGGCAGCUGAUGGAUUAUUAAGACAAAAUUAUGAAUUGCGUCAUCGACUUGAAGAAGAAACUGCCAGUUACAGAAGACGUCUCGAUACAUAUCGACAAGCACAACAACAUCAAGCUGCACUUGUAUCUCGUUUACAAGCCAAAGUUUUACAAUAUAAGCAAAGGUGUUCCGAAUUAGAAAAUCAAAUGGUAGAAUCGCUUCCUGCCGAUAUAAUAAGACUGCCAUCUUCUUCAGCGAGAGGAAGUUCUGCUUUGGAUGCUGCCCAGCAAACUCUUAGGGAAUUACGAGAAGAGCAAAUUCAUGACUUAGAAACAGCUUUAAAAAAAUUAUCUGAAGAGAGAAGAAGGUGCGACAAGCUCUUGCAAUUAAACACAUCCCUGAAAGAUCAGCUGGAAGAAUCUCAUCAAACAAAUGAAACACUCACAAACGAUCUCCAAAAGCUGAGCAAUGAAUGGGAUUCGAUGAGAGAGGAAUUAGCAAUUAAAGAAGAAGAAUGGAAAGAAGAAGAACACGCUUUUAACGAAUAUUAUACUUCGGAACACAAUAGAUUACUAAAUUUAUGGCGCAACGUUGUCUCCGUGAAAAGACUCUUCUCUGAAGUUAAAUCAUCAACUGAGAGAGAUCUCUCAAAAUUGCGAAACGAAAUAAGCAUUGCUUCCAAUUACAUGGUUUCGGCAUGCACCAGUACGAAAUUUGCAGUUAAAAUGCAAAUGGCAGCAGGACAAUCAAUGGUUCCUCAGCCAUUCCAGCAAAUUCAAAAUGUGUCUGACUUGAGAGUGGAAAUUGCAUCUUUGAGGCAGCAAUUCGACUUGGCUCAGGGUGAAAUUCGAAUGAAGGAAGAGAGAAUUAAUCAGUUGUUGAAGGAAGUUCAUUCCUUGGAGGAACGAUGUGGAGAGGCAGAGUCAGGUGUGAAUCAGGCCUCACGAAUGCAAGAAGAUGUAGAAAUUUUACAAUCCGCUCUAAGGGAAAUCGCUCAUGCCGUCAUCCAGGAUGCAGAAACUCGAAAUGCAGAAAGUAGUCAACCUCCUCCUCAUGUCCACUUGUCUCCUUCUGUUCCAAUUCCACAGAAAUCUCCAAAGCGUGGGGCCAGAUCUACUGCCACUCCUGCUUUUGCAGAAAGUACUAUUAGUGCGGUCCAAGCUGCUUUACAUAAAUAUCAACUGACCAUCCACGAACUUCAGGUGAAACUACAAACGAACAAAGAACAAUUAUCCCUUAGCCGUAAACAAUGUGAAAGCGCAGAAGAAAACUCUCAACAACUAGAGGGGAAAGUUACAGAAAUUAUGUCGCAACUUGAUUCAAGCAGAUCUCAAUGUCUGCAACUUAAUCAAGAAAAAGAUUUGUUACAAAAAAGUUUGGAUGCAGUCCGAUCCGAGAAAAAUGCACUGGAUCGAAAUAGACUUGAAAUCACCAACAUGAUCGAAACACUAAAUACCGAUUACGACAAGUUGCAAAAGGGACACAAUAAAUUACAAAAAUUGUGUGAGAACCUUGAAGACGAAAAAAUGUUCCUUCAAGAUGAACUUGGAAGAGUCAGCAAAGAAGCAGAACUGAGGGAACAAAGUCUUCGCCUGGAAGAAGAACGUUGUAGUAAAAUGAGAGAAGAAAUUUUAACAUUGAGGGAAGAACUCAGCAGAACUUCUCUUGAUAGAGACAUGUUGGAACAACAAAAACUAGAAACGGAUAGUUUGAUUUCCCAGAUUGAAAAGAGCAAAGGUGACGUGGAACUGGAGUUGGAACAAAUUUUAUUAGAGAAAUCCGAUGUACAGGAAGUUUUAGCGAAAAUGGAAUCAGUUUGCAUAAACCAUGAAGAAGACAAAACAAGAUUACAGGACGAGAUUAAAAAGUUACAUGAAGAAAAGGAAAAAUUAGGAAGUCAGUGUACCGAUCAGCAAGGAGACUUAUCCUCCCUGAAAAAGGAGCUUUUACAAGCCGAACAAAACAGACUCGACCUGGAGUCUGAAAAAGUCGCUUUAAAUGAAAAAGUCAAAGUCGUAGAAAUAGAGAAAGAAAAGGUGGAACUCGAAUUAGGACAAGUGGCACGAGAACGCAGUGAUCUGAGCAAUCAAUUAUCAGUUUUAGCCAGAAAGAAGGAAACAUUGAAUGAGGAAUUGAUGAGACUGAGACAGCGCCUUGAACAAGCGAAUGAAAUGAAUGCUAGGAUAAAUAGAAAUCUGGAAGAUCUUGUCAAGGAUAAUGAAGAAAAGCAGGUAAUUUUAGAAGCUAGUGAAAAAGAACUUCAGAGAUUGCAGGAACAAUUGGCGUCGGUUCGAAGUGAAAAAGAAACACUGGAAGGUGUGUUAUUUGAUACGCAAAGUAAUCUGGAAACAACUCACGUUAAAAAGACCCAGUUGGAAAAAGACCAGCAAGAUUUGUUGGUAAAACAGGAGAGUUUGAAGGGACAGAUAAUUAGAUUAACGAAGGAAUUGGAAAAUAGUGAGAAACGUGCUCAGGAUAUGAAACACACAUUGACUCAACAGAGUGAGAAUCAGGAAGCUGAGUUUCAGCAGAUUAUUAUGAAUUUGAAAAAGCAGAGUGAGGAUAGCAUCAGAAAAUUAAACGAAGAAAAGGAACAAGUAAGAAUAUCUUUGGAAAAACGACUGCAACAGAAUAUAGCACAACUAAGUGGAGAAAAAGAUAGUGAAAUAGCACAAUUACAUAAAAAUAUAGAAGAUUUACAAGAGCAUGUUGAAACUGUUUGUCAACAACACGAAGAAGUUCUUCUCAGGGCUGAAAAUGACAAGCAGCAGGCUCUACUUAUCGCUCAUCACGAUCAGCAAGCUUUAGUGGAAAAACUAGAAGGUGUCUACAGAGAAUUGGAAGAAGAAAAAGGAAAUUUAGAGCGUUUUCGAAGGGAAGCAGCAUCACGCGCAGAUCAAGAUCGCAACAAUAUAAAUCAAUUACGGGAUGAAAUAAACCGUCUCAAGUCAAAAUUGGAAGAAACAAAACUGAAAGGAGACGAAGAGAGAAUUAAAUUGGAACUAAAAAUGGAUGAAGUCUUAAAAGAAAGGGAAUCAGCACAAAGAGAAAUUGAAGAAUUACAGGUACAACUGCACAUGGCUGAAGAUAAAGUCGAUGGAUUACAUAGCCAACUUCACGAAACGAAUAGAAAACUCAAAGAAGCUGAAAAUACGAUCGAAGCGCUUCGUAAAGAAUUGGUAGAUGUUCGUCGACAAUUAACGGAUUCUACUUAUGAAAAAGAGAAGUACAAUAGCACUAACAAAGAACUAAGAGAAUAUGUGAAACGCAUUGAAGGCGAGAAACGGGAACAAAGUCGAGCGUUGGAAGAAGCUCACCAAAAAGUUGCUGCAUUGGAGGAUAUGAAAUCAACGCUUGAUGCGGAAAGAACUCGCCUUCAAUCGAACAUUCGAGACAUGGAACGAGAAAUUACACAACUUCAACAACAACUUCGUUUCACACAGGAUGAACUUCAAAAAUCUCAUGCGAUGAAUUCGUCAGCACAAAAUGAAGAGAAAGAAUUGCAAGGACGUCUGGCUAACGAAACUGAAGAAAGAGAAAGACUGCAACUUCAACUUCAUCAAGUUAAGAAACAGGUUUUGGAUUUGGAUAAUAGUUUGGAAAACACCAGACAAGAAUUGGCAAAGUUACGAGCUCGUGGAGACGAAGAAGAUGAACGAUGGAGAGGCAGAGAACAAGAAUUAUUGAUCAGAUUAGAGGACAGCAGAUGUCGGGAAAGAAAACUAGAAGAUCAGAAACAUAAUUUGGAAGUUUGUCUUGCAGACGCCUCUCAACAAAUUCAAGAACUUAAGGCUCGAUUGGGUGGAUCAGAAGGAAGAGUCAGAGCCUUGGAUGCUCAAUUGGGACAACUAGAAGUUUGCAAGAAAGAAGUAGAGCAAAAAUUAAGCAGUGUGGGCACAACUCUUCGGCGCAUUGCUGGAAUUCAAUUAGAUGGAAGUGUCAAUAUGCCAUUUAAAAUAACAAGUCCUUCCAGAAGAUGGAGUCCCGCCCGCAUUCAAGAUCACGGUGAUGGUGGACGUGACGUGGUGCUCGAUGUUGAUCCUGAAGUUGUGAGGAAGGGUAUCAGAUCUCUUAUGCAACAAGUCGCCCAAAUUGAAAGAGAAAGAGAUGACUACUAUACUGAAAUUGAAAAUAUGAAGAAGCAACUAAUGGAAGCAAGUGAUAAUUCAAAUAAGGCAGAUAUGAAACUCAACACUUUACUCGUUAACAUGAGAAUCAUUCAGGAAGAGAAAAAUACUCUCGAAUCGAAACUUUCCCAAAAGGAAGCUAUUUGUCAAGCACAGAUGGAGGCCUUGCAACAAAAAACAUCGGAAACUGAACACCUUAGAGAAAAAGUUACGAGGCUCGAGUUGACAGUUAGUAGUGAGUCGGAUGAAAAAGGACAAUAUGAGGAUAAAUUGGAAAAAAUGAAGCAGAACGUUAAUAAACUGGAAAAUGAUAGAAGAAGUUUGCAAGAGGAACUGGGAAAGAAUGAAGCCAGAGCAACUAAAUUAGAACUACAACGUAUGUCUCUGGAAGGCGAUCUUCAGAGGUUGCAGAUGAUUCUGCAAGAGAAAGACGCAAAUAUACAGAAACUUCAAGAUCGAAGCGAAGCACAAACGCGUACGAUAACAACUUUGGAAGAACGGUGUGGUUCUUUGAAUUCAACGAUAGAACAAUUGAAUUUAACGUUGCAGAGAUCUUCGAACACAGAAAGUGAUUUGAGAAACGAGAUCAGUUCUCUACAGAGGAGCCUUAUGGAAAUUAGUGUAGCGUCACAAAGCAACAAUGAGAAACUUAAACAAUUGCAGAAACAAGUUUCAAAUCUGGAAAAUGAACGACGUAUUUUGUCUGAACGAUUGGAAUCUGCGCAACAAGCAAUUGGCGAUUUGAGACGCGUUAAUCAAACGAUGGGAGAUCAAAAUGCGAGACUUCAAAAUGAAAUAUCAAAUAAUGAAGUAGUUCGGUCAGGGCUCGAAUCACAAUUAAGAUUAUCAAGUUGGCCUCAUGAGGAACGAACAAAUAAGGAAGACGAAUUAGUGCGACAAGUUCAGUCCUAUCAGAGAGAGCGAAGUGAACUGAAAGGAAAAGUUGAUUCCUUAAACGAUAAGGUAAAACUUUUGGAAGUUGAUAAACGAAAUCUCGAGCGUCAGCUGACAUCGAUGAGACCUGGAAGUGUGCGAAGUAAGAGUUACGAGCGACCUGAAAAGGCCCACGUAGAGUUAUUAGGAUCAAGUGUUGCAGUCGAAAGUCUGGAGCACGAAAACAGAGAAUUACGACUGAAGAUUCGAAGACUAGAAACUCAGUUGGCUGAGAAAGAAGCGGAAAUCAUACGAGUGAAAUCCGUGCAUAUGCACUCACAUUCUAGUUUAGAUUUAUCUCGAAGUAGAACCGGCGAAUUGGAAAGACUAAGGGCUGCUCAAUUGCAAGCGGAAAAAUUAUUGGAAGCAAGAGAACAGAGCCACCGCCAACAAGUGCUGCGACUAGAGAAUCAGAUUCAGUUGCUCAGAGAUCAACUAAAUCAAGAAGUCAAGCGUCGUCAGCUGUACGUUUACCGCAGCACCCAAGCUGGGCGAGAAAUGCAACAAUUGAGACAAGCAUUGGGUGAUUCUUUGAGAACAGUAUCUCAAGAUCCAUCAUUGGAUGCCGUUUUAUUAGAACACGAAGCUCGAAAACUAGACUCUACCCUUACUAAUACUGCCAGUUUACCUCCAUCAUUAGCUCUUCCGCCUCCAUCUUCAUACGACAUGAAAUCUUCAUCUCCGGGUCACUUAAAGUAAUUGAAAAUUGCAACCUAACUAUCGCGAUACUAAUUUUGAAUCUAACAAGCCCGGCACUUAGUUACAUUUUAUUUUUAAUAAUAACCCAGUUAAGUUCUUUUAAAAUAGAAUAGAAUAUAAGUUACAGUACCUUAAAGCAAAGCUGAUCUCAUUUUUACAAACUUUUCUGCAUUGCGAUCACAUGGAAAAGUCUCAUUGAACAGUAUUUAUAAUAAUUUUUAAUCCUAUACUCGAAUUAGUGAGUAGAAACCUUCGAAACUGGUUCCAUAAUUUUUUAUACAUUUUGUACUCUGUUGUGAUAACGAUACUUGCCUUUUUUAUGAUAAUUUUACCAGACACGUUUGCUAGAAAUAUUUCUGUGAAAGUAAUCAACGAUUUGAUGCUUCCAACUCUUUGUAUACGAGAGUACUUAGGAUCAAGUGAUUCUCAAGAAGAUUUUAAUAUUUAUCUUUAUUUAUAUUUAAGAAUUUUAUUUAUUUUUUAAUGAUAAUGCGAAGUAUGACUCGAUUAUGGGAAAAAUACGGCCUUCGUGAAUUCCGUCCAUAUUUAUUAAACCUCUUUGACGAAGGAAACAUCUAGUUAUUUUAGAUUAAAAAAUGAAGAUCCGUGUUAUGGAGCGGGAGAAAAAGCUUUAAAAUUAAAGUAGGUCGUAAAUAGUAAAAGAAUGCUUUGUUUAGUCUCACCCUGAGACCAAAUGGACCAUCUAACAAGAGCAAUCUAGAAAAACGCUUCUAGGUUUUACUAAAUCGGCGGCCGUCGAAAAAUGACAAGAUGUAAAUUGUAGAGAGAAAAAAAGAGAGAUAGGAGUUGCAAGCGUAGAUGGCAGAAAAUGGAUUGGGUCUGUUCUCUAUCAUUGAGAAUAUAGACAUCCAGUCCAGCUGUAUUAUCCGCACUUAAUUUCCGAUGCCGAAAGAUCCACGGAUCCAAACUCUGUUUAAAGUAUAUCAUCGUUUUAGUUAAAAAAUCUUGAUGUAAAUUUAUGUGUAAAUUAAGAUUUACUUCGUUACUGUAAUAAUAUUAAUUAAAUUAUUUUAAUUUAAUUGUCAAAACUAUAUCGAAACCUGGAGCUAGAACUAAUUGAAAUGGUCAAAAUAACUAUAUUGUAAAGUAUCAAGAAUUAAUAGAUUUACUUUUUUUUAAGUCGAGUUAAUAAUAAUUUAUUUAUUUUUUAGAAAGAAAGUAUUUAAUUAAUUUUCUGCAAUAUUUACGGCUUAUGUUUUGAAAACCUAAUUUCAAUUUGUAUAGAAAUUAAAAACUUGAGAUAGAUUUUUGGUUAUUGAAUAUUUUUUAAUACAUUUCCAAACGUUUCCAGUUCUGGUUUCACUCAGAGAAGAAAAUAAAGAUUUUCGUACUCUUCAAUGCAAUUUGUUAGCGCACCGCAAUACAAAAUCGAAGGUAGUGCAAUAUAGUUCAAAAAAAAACGUAUCGCUGUUAAAUGCGUUUUAAUGUGGACAGCAAAUAUAAAAUUCUCUUUUAUUGUGCAUUUCUCAUCCCAAAUACAAACAUUGCAUAAACUGUUUAAAUCAAUUGUUUCUGCAUUACUUGGGUUACAUCGACAGU